UAUACUACUAUGUCUGACAGCGAAGCCCCUUCUACCACUACUACACUCUACGUCUCCCCUAUUGCUGAUCCUCUUAUGGGAGGCAAGUUGAAUGCUCGCGCUAUGAAACUCGUCAAGAAAGCUGCUACGUCAAAGUGUAUUCGCCGCGGCGUGCCUGAGGUCCUUAAGGCUGUUAGGAAGGGUCAAAAGGGUAUGAUACUACUGGCCGCUGACGUGUACCCGGUCGAUGUCAUUUCCCAUGUGCCAGCUUAUUGCGAGAAGAAUGGUAUCGCCUACGCGUACGUCCCGUCGAGGCAGGUGUUGGGUACUGCUUGCCAGACUAAGAGAGCUGCAUCUGUGGUGUUGGUCGUCGAGCCUAAGGACGACUCUACUUACACCAAGACUUACGAGCAGGUUCACAAGGGAAUCUUGGCUAUCAACCCCUACUUGUAAAGAUGCGGAUGAGGGAGAACGUUAUAUUGAGAUAGUUAGCGAAGUUGGUAUCAACCACUUGAAUAACGCUUUCUACCAUU